AUGAAAAAUUUGGGGAUUCGAUUAAAGUUUAGAAAUAAUUUAGGAAAAAUGAGUAAGUUAUUACAAAGCACUGUUGAUUCUUAAUUAAAAAACAUCAUUUGCAACUUUUAUGAAUAUUUGCAAAACACACAAAAGAUUCUCAAAUUUUUAUAAGCUUAAUUAGAUGAGUUUAUAUCUUUAAAAAGUAAUGAUGCCUUAAGAAGUUUGAGCAUAAAUUUAUAAAAAUUGUGGAGCGUUGAAAAGUACAGCAACAUGAUGAGGUAAAUCUAUUUAUAUAAAUUGGUGGUAACUCCAUAUAUGAUGGAAAUUGUAGUUUAAGUGUUAUCCGAAAUGAUCAUUAAAGAAACUGCGAUAAAUAAUUUGAAAUAAAAUUGUAUAAAUAAUUUUUCAAAGGAGCUCAAAGCGUUGUACAAAAGUAAAUAUUUGAUUGAAAUGUAUCAAUAACAAUUGAACAAGCUUGUGUCUUCAAACAAUGGAGAUGAAAACUCUUAGAAAGUUACAUUGUUUGAUAAAGUAAAUUUAGAUAAACUAAACUUUCUAGAAAUUGCUGUCUUAUUUUUGGAAAAAAUAGAAUAAAUACAAUUCUAAAACAAACCUAGUGUUCUUAAAAAAAUACUAAAUUAAAGGCCUAACUCUUGUAAAUAUUCCAACAUUUGGAAUUAGAUUAUUUAUUAGAUAAAGUUGCAAUUCAAAAAGAAAAAAAAGAGAGAAGCUGUUAUUGAAGCAGUUAUUGAUGCAUUAAAAGAAUUGAAUCUUUCAAAUUAUGAUUUUUAUGAUGAGUUUAUAAAUUAACAUCAUUAGAAAUAAAUAGAAAAGUAGAGAAAAUUAGGAAAAUCUAUUAAUAUUGAUCGUUUUCUACAUGAUCUAAAAAAUAUUCAACUAACCUUGCGAAAGCAAUGA